AUGCGUGGAAACGAAGUUUCAAAGACCCACCGGGAACGAAUUAUCGGCGCAUAUCUUAGCGGUAUUAGGCAAAGAGUUAUUUCUACUCAGCUUAAUAUUCCGACUAGUACUGUAAGUGAUAUCAUAAAAAAAUAUAAAAAAACUGGUUCUUCAGAACCCAGACAACGUUCUGGACGACCAAAAAUACUCAGUGAAUGCGAUACCCGAGCUUUAAAACGUAUUGUCCGAACCGACCGGUUUUCUCCUCUAGGUAAUGUGACAGACAAACUAAAUACCAGUCUUGACGCAACUGUACACUAUAAUACAGUCAGAAGUUAUCUUCAUGAUGAAGGUCUCGGAAGUUAUACUGCACGAAAAAAAACCUAA